AUGUUGCUGAUUCAUCGAUUAGUUGUGUUCAUCAACCUUCUAACCUCACUCACUUAUGCGGUAAUAUGCUACAAUGACAACGGAACAAAUCUACCAAGGCUGUUUAUGUCUCCACACCAUGAUGCGGGUUACACUCAAAAAAAAAAGUAUGAGGCAUGCAUUAUUGAAUGUGGGCUUAUACCGAAGACAAGACAAAUAAAGAGUACACGACUAUAUGGAGGAACUCUGAAGGAUGUUGGCUUCCGUAUUUUCUACGAUACCCGUUUGGAAGUGAUACGAGCUCGUCACGGUUGCUACAAGGACUUAUGUAACUCUGUGGAUGAGCUAAUGAGAUCUCUUCGAGAAGAAGGUCUUCGAAAAGACAAGCGAUCGAUUCUAUCAAAAAUUGUGUUAUACGCUAUGGAGAGAACAAUCAUUGCUAGUCAAAAAGAGAAUCCAGAAUUUGAUACACCGUUUGUCAUCUGCGUAGUUGUGUCGUCUAUGUUUGCUGUAUUCGCGUUCUUCCACCUUAUCGCUGUUCUAUGUUGUGCUCCUAAAAAAUCACCCGAUAAAGGAAAAAAGGGAAGCACAUCAAGUUGA